AUGACGUUCAUUGACUAGGGAUGGGUCUUCUGACGAUAAACAAACCUGCGUAGGAGAACAUUUCAAAACAGAACAUUUCAAGGGUGGUACAUAAGUACACUUAGCAUUUCAGCAAGAAUUGUUAUUAGGUCUACAUAACAGAGUUCCAUCAGAAGGGGCACUCCAAGAACGUCUUCACAAUUAUGAUUGGAAAGUUACUCUCCCACAUCCUUGGCAACAUGGAGGAGGAUGCCGAUAUCGGAGGAAAGUGUGUUCAGAUUGAAAAUGGCGAGGACCUAAUGGAGUAUGACGACGGUGAAUGGAUCAUCAUCAACAUCCAUGAGAGUCAGUCCCUGACUUCUGCUGAAGUUGACCCUCUGGAGAAUCUUCUGAUUGAGCAUCCAAGCAUGUCUGUGUACAAUAUGAUGUCACAGAGAACAGAGGAGGAAGAUCUCACGUCAGAUGAAGAAGAAGAGGGAUCUCCCAGGCCUGUGCCCUUUAAACGCCACCUGUCAUGGAGGCUUGCUGGGUGGGGGAGCCCCUUGCCAUGCAGUGCUAGCAUGCUCCCCAUUCAGUGUGCUAAGACCCAAAUGGACCGCAGAAAGUUGUCCCGAAGCGCCAUCCAGAGGCAGAACCUUGCACGGAUUCGCUUCUCAGCAGCCGAACGCCGCUAUGGCUUCUUCAAGCAGCCCUGUCAACGCCUUUACAACUACUGAGCUCUCCUGGAAGCUCUCCUAUCUACAACCACUGAAAUACUGAUCUCUGAGCUCUGACCUGACCCUGACCACAGCAAGAAUAACAAGGGUAAUGAUAGGCGUUUGUGAUGUACCGUGUAGUGAGGUAUAUGCUGUGUAACAUAUCUCAAUACAUUGAAUCAAUAGAGGACAUCAUUG